GAAGGACCCCCAAACAAUGGAGAAAGGACUUAAAAAUCUUCUGGGGUCGAUCCACGACAGGCUUUCUUGGGUUUUCACACUUCUGGGAAAAACCUCAUCCACAGCCCGGAAGAACUCCACUCCGGUAUUUCCAAACAGUCACUCAAGUUACACUUUUGAGAAAGUGAGCGCGCAUUCUGUGUGUUGUUUAGUCUCAUUGCCUGGUUUGUGUGAUCUGUAUGAACACACUGCACUUGCUCACCUCGAGAGCGUUCAUAAGUAAGCCAAAUCGCUUCGGUUAUCCGCAAAAUAGCGGAACUGCAGAGCCAUGUCUGUAGGACUGGAGCCCGGUUUCUCCAACGACGAAGUGUUGAACAUACGUUACCCGCUUCACCGUGCGUGCAGGGAUGGAGAUGUUGGCGCACUGUGCUUGCUGCUCCAACACUCCACCAACCUGGCGGACCUGGUCGCCGAAGACUCGUUUUAUGGCUGGACCCCCAUUCAUUGGGCAGCACACUUCGGAAAGCUGAAGUGUGUUAUGAGGCUGGUGCAGGUGGGAUGUGAUGUAAACGCACUAACGACACGGUUCGCCCAGACACCGGCUCACAUCGCUGCAUUUGGAGGACACCCAGAGUGCCUGUUGUGGCUCUUACAAACCGGUGCUGAAAUAAACAGACAGGAUUAUGUGGGUGAAGCACCCAUCCACAAAGCAGCACGGGCCGGUAACAUGGAUUGCAUUAAUGCCCUGUUGACCCAGGGAGCCAAACCAGACUUGAGGAACGCAAAUGGUUUGACUGCGGCUGAGUUGGCCCAUGCUCAAGGCUUCCUUGAGUGUGCUCAUCUUCUCUCCAAUGCACACAACCAGCUAAAUCAGUUAAAUGGAUUUGCCUGUAAUGGUACUGACCACACUCACAUCCAGGGCCGCAGCCUUCUGAAUGGGUCAGCCAAUAGGAAGAGACUUCUUGAUUGCUUAGAGCCAAACCAUGUGAAAAAAGCCAGAACUGACAGCAUUCAUUUCUCACCGAAGACAAACAAUGGAAUUGGAGAGGAGCUUGAGACUAUGAAUGUGGAAUCAACUCCAGAAAACCUAUCAGAUGAUGCCAUAGCAACAGGUUUGAGGAAUGGUUUCUUGCAAAACAACGGUUUCACUGUCAACAUCGUUGCCACAAAGGGGCAAUGCUUUCAGUCCCCUUUUAGUGGGGUCGAGACCAUUCCAGCCGAGUCGAGAAUUGACAUGUGUGGCUCACUGCACCUCAGUGGUAGCCCUAGCAGUUGUGUAUCUCACCGGCCUGCCUGGGGUGCAUUCCCAUCUGACUCUGGGGAACAUCUGCACUACGGACACUACCAUGGCUUCGGUGAUACAGCAGAGGAUCUGGAAGAUGCGAGCAGCCGACAUGAGCACAGUACGACCGUCCAAGUAGAGCAGCACUAUGACCAAGAGGUUGUCGGUGCUGUGCAGCUGUUCCAUGGAUCUUAAAAGUGAAGUUAUCCUGUGCAUUUUUAUAGAAGUGUUCACGUUGGUGGCAACACCAUCCGCCUUAAACUGAAAGGUUAUCUUGCACCUUAAAGAAUGGCCAUAAUUUUUUUUUUUUUUUUUUUAUAAAAGGGAAAACCUUUCAAAGGGGAGAAAUUGUAUUGCAUUUUGUAUCUGACCUAAUGACUUUUUUAUUAUGAUGUAUGAUGUUUUUGAACAGCUUAUCCUAGUUAUCUGGGUGUAUUUGUCCCCCCCACCCCCUUAACGCAAGGUUAGAAUGUUCAGUUCGAUUGACUAGUAAAAUUAAUUGAUUUAUAUGUGCAUUCAUUGUGCGAGUAGUAUUGUGCCAAUGAAUACCAGCUUUUUUUAAAAAGGUGAGUUUUAUAUAAGAUGUUUUUGUUGUAUUUUGACAUUGUAUUUUCAUGAGAAGCAAAGCUGACAGAUGCUGACUGUAAAAGAGUGUUGUUGUUUUGAGAAACUUAAAUAUGACAUUCCUUUUGUUUAUCUUUGUCUUUUGUGUUAAGAUUAAAAACAAGGAUAUGAAAUUCAAAGGAAGCCACUUUUAUUGGUCCCUGGACUCCCUUAACUGUUCUCAUAUUCGACUGCAGCAAUUUGUUUAUUUGAAGGAGGCCUAGAGCAGCUCAACCCCUUUAACCCAUACUUUGCAGAUGUCACUGAAAUUCAAAGAAGGACCAUGUAAUAGUCUAAUAUGACUAUAGAAAUGUGAGACAACCAGACAUGCAUUCUGUACAUAAUGUACUCCGAAAGCAAACUGUUCCCAUGGGAUGCUGAUAUGCCCACCUUGGUUUUCUGCCUCGCGUGAUUGGACACACGGGUAUCACCUGUCGUCUGC